UCUUCUUCUCUCUAUAUAAUUACCUGCCCACAAUCGUUAACUAAAUCAUAUUGACGAUAUAUACUUAAAAAACAUGGCAACAGAAACCAACAAAGAGCUUUUCGUGGGUGGAUUUGCAAAGAUUUUGAAAGAACAACGUCAAGUCGAUGUACGUCUAAAGGCAGGGGACAGUGGUGAGGGGGGUGCUUCUAUUUCUGCCCAUAAGCUUGUUCUGUCUGCAAGAUCAGAGGUGUUUAAGAAGAUGUUGGAAUCAGACGAGAUCAAGACUUCGGCUCAGCUAGAGACAAUCACUCUCUGUGAGAUGAAACACGAAGAAUUAGAGGCUUUCCUUGAAUUCUUAUACAGCGACGGCUCUAUGCUUUCAGAAAAAGAGAAGCAACACGUUAGGUCACUCUAUCUUGCGGCUGACAAAUAUGGCAUUCCGCAUCUACGGGAUCUAUGCAGAAGCGAGCUUAUAUCAUAUCUUAACUCUUCAAAUGCUCUUGACAUCCUUGAGCUCGCCCAAAUCCCUUUUGACGAUGCCCUCCAUGAUUCCGCCUUCAAUAAUAUCAUAACCAAUUUGGGUGCUAGAAUCUUUAGAGGCAAUGGUCGAUAUUGUCAUCAGUACCGUUACUGA